AUGAAUAAAGGUGAAUUUGAAAUUAAUACAAAAGAGCAAUACCAGUAUCCUAUUUUGCCAACUGGAUGUGAGGUUACAGCCACCUCCAUUCUUUUAAAUAGUUUAUAUUAUGACCAUAAGUGUAAAUUAGAUCUUGAAAAAAUCAAAAAAGAAACAUUAGCAGAAUUGGUUGAAAAGGAACAAGAUCCUGAUCCCAUCACAAGAUUAGUAGGAAAUCCUUACGUGCAUUUAUUGGAUCACCAUAUAGUAAAGAAUCAUUCGAUAAUAUUACAAAAUUUCAAGUUAUCGAUGGCAUUGAAGAUCAAAAAUUAUAUACAACUUAGAUUGGAUUAUUUUAACAACAACCAACUGGACGACGAUUCCGAUUUUCAAAUAUUAAUCGAUCAUAUGACCCAAUAUAAUACACCCAUCAUCAUUUGGAUGACACUAGAAUUAAGAGAACCAAGAAUCACAGAUGAAUGGUUUGAUUGUCAGAAUCCUUCUCUUCAAUUAUUUUGGGUUUCACCUGAGCAUUGCGCCACUCUCUCAGGUUACACCAACACCCAUGUAAUUAUAACCGAUCCACAUACUGGAAAAAAAGAAAAAUAUAAUAAAAGUUUGUUUUUAAAGAGAUGGAGACAAUUAGGUAGACAAGCAGUAUCAGUAAAAUUAUUAAAUAACUAA